AUGGCUGGUGACUCGGACAGCUCCGACGAUCCAGCAUUAUUUCAUCUUCCUCCUGCCACGAUACGCCUCAACAAAGCCACCGGGGUCACGCAAGAGGUCAUCGACAUGUUCCAGACAGCGGUUGAUUGUUGGCAACUUCUCUACUCCAAUGAAACAUUCGAAAAAGACUUCAACUGGUUACUUCACAGAUGGAAGGCAGACACGUGGCCAUGGUUUACUGCAUUUCUGAUUGAUCGCUUAUUAUACAAGGCGGAGUUUGACCAGGCUUUGAGAAUGUUACAAGAACAGUAUAAGAAAUUAUCAACAGAACAACAGACUGGAGGGAACCAGCAAGUGCUAAAGACCCUUCUACAGACAGCAGCCUGUUACUUCAGGCUCAGUCAACACUCAAGUGCCUGUGAGAUGACACUGAAUGCCGUGAGACACUUACCACCUCCAACUAAAGACGCACCUCAUGUUGCUGAGAUUGCAGCAGCCAUGGAAAAGACGUACAGUAAGAGUCUCAGGCAUCUCCCACUGGUACCCUGUACUUCAUCGGCGCUCCUGCCUUAUUUUGUGCAGCUGUUGCUACUCAGCUAUAAGAAGAAAGUCUUCCACCUUAGAGAGACAGAGGACACAGCCUUAGGUCACAUGCUCGUCUUGAUGCAAUAUGAUUGGCCGAAGGAGGAAGUAUUAUUCCAAGAGUUAAUCAAGAAACUGAAGAAGCAAGGAAGCUUUUUCUAUCCCAUAUUCUUCCAGUAUAUCAUCAACAUUGACAUGCUGGAGGAGUUUGCAUUCUUAAGGACGGAGACAGGAGGCAAGUUGCAGCUGGAUCUACUGCCCCCCAACCCCUCGUCAGUCAGGCAGAGGACUGUCACAAGAAAUAUAACAAAAGGUGGAAAGGAGGACUUCCGUGUUGCCAUGGAGAAACAGGUGGUACGAUGCGGGGAGAACCUGGAUGCAUUGAUGAGGACAUUCCUGACCACUGAGUGUGACACGUUACAGCAACUGCUCAUGUGAAAUCUGACGCUACCACAGAGCAUUGCUAUGCAAAUACUGGUACAAUAGAAUAAUAGUGUCUGAGAGAUGUAGCUUAAUGGAAAAGCAGGUGCCACAUUGGUGAAGUUAAGCAAAGUUAACUGGCAGCAGUACUUGGAGGGGGAGCCACAUGCCACAUUUUGCUGGCUGGAUUCAUAGCGUACCGAGAUUGAUACACACAAGCUCAAGGCAUGAAACAUGCUCUGUUUUUAUCCAUGAUGGUCUUGUCCUUCUAGUGGAAUGUUUAUUCAUUGGUCCCAUAUGACUUGAUACAAAAACAAUUAAUGUUCCAAUUCAUUAAGGCUCAUCCACUGUGCAUGUGGGGGAGUGUGGCCUAGUGGUUAGGGUUUGUGACUCAUGAUCAGAGUGUCAGGGGUUCGAAUCCAGCUGCUGGCCAUAUGUUGUGUCCUUGGGCAAGCCAGUUUAUCCCCACUUGCCUCCCCACCCAGGAGUAUAAAUGGGUACCGGCAUUAGCUUGAAAGUAACCUGCGAUGGACUAGCAUCCCAUCCAGGGGGAAUAGAAAUAUUGUCAGUCAUUUCAUGCUACUGAAACCGGGGAUAAACGCCGGCCUGAUGUGACAUAUUGGCUCGUGACAGACUUUACUUACUUUUACUGCACAUGUGGGCAACAAAAUGUACACCUCUACAAUGCAUGUUCCAGCCACACAUGUCAUAUGCACACGUGUGCACAUUAUACAACAGGGCUAACUUUAUCGGACUUGUAUUUCAUGUCGUCUCACGAGACCUUUAUGUGCAGGACACACCACGUAUAUGCACUGUAUGGUGCUGACUGCUUGCAGUAUAUUUAUUUUAUUCCAAGUGUGCAUAGACCGGUAGAGUCUCUGUCUGAGCAACAGAUGUAUAGUGGCAGUGAAGUCCAAGAGUCUGCCCAAGUCUUGGCAUUGUUGAGGCACAAAGAGUUCAGACAAAAGGAAAACACUUGAAAAAACCUUGAACCUUAUCGUUGAAGAGUGGGGAAUUUCCCUGGUUUUACCGAUAGGCAGCAAAAUUUGCUGAUAUGUGUUUUUACCCAUAUGUAAAUUGCACACUACAUAUGAAAUAAAUUAUUAAGAGUUUGUCUAAACAAGGUUUGUCUAUUACAAAGUUGCCUUUCAAUACUACAAUUUGUUUGUUUGAGAAACUAUUUGGGGUAUCAAGAGUGUUACGUUUUCAAGCCAAUUAGGAAUUUGGGAUACAUGUUCUUCCAUUUGUCGUGAUCAAGUAAGAAAUAGAAAUUAUAUGAGACCAUUCACACAAAUGUAUCUGUCAGUGAGCUUCAGCUUGUAAUGUUUUAUGAUGAUAUGGUAUUAUUCCAUGAAUGCAAAGAAUAUUAAGUGAAUAAGAAAUGGGCUCAGGAAAUAUUUGUUUUGGUUGGCAUACUCAUUUCUCACGGAUCAACUCCCUGAAUCUGUAUAAAGGAUCACUGGAAGAUAGACGAAUUUGAAAACAGUUUGCGAGCCAAUUAAAUGUAUCAAAUCCUCAUCACAGAAGAACUGAGGUCCUUGACUAUAAAACAAUAUUCCAGAAAAAAGGGACUUUUGACAAAACUAAGAUGUCAUCGGUGUUGAUUGUAUUAUAUAUUGGCCUCAACUUUUUUUCUGCUUUUGCAAUUAAAAGAAUUGAUGAGCUUUUUGUUGCAGGUACUUUGUCUAAUUAAUUUGAGGUGAAAUUGGCUCUGUAAAAUCUGUUAUUUGUCUGAAAAUUUGUAAUAUCUCAAAACCGUCAAACUUAAGGCUUAAAUUUAUUUGUGGUUACCUAUUAUGUUUUUGAUACUGACAGAUAAAACAUAACAGUGUUAAAAUGUUUUUUUAUUCAAACUGUGGUAAGACAGGUUUUCAAAUGAAAACAAGUAAACAAAUAUA